AUGGCUGCCACUCCAAUGGUUUCUCAGAUUUGGGGCGUCAAUUUCUCUGCUCCCUUUUGCAUUUUUGUUUGCUUUAUAUCUUAUUAUUUUUUAUUUGCUCUUGUGUCCGUUUACUCUUAUCUUUACAGCUGCCCUUUCACUAAGGCGUCUCCGGUCUUAUCUGUUCUUGUUCGAGUUUGUUUCUUUCCUUCAUUUCUUUUUUACUUUCUUUCUUUCUUUCAUUCUUUCUUUCUUUCUUUCUUUUUUACUUUUCUUUAUUUCUUUUCAUUAUUUUUUUACUUCUGUUUUUCUUUCACUUUUUCUUUUCUUUUCUUUCUUUUCUUCCUUUUUUCUUUUCUUUGUUCGUUUAUUGUUUAUUUCUUUCUUUUAUUUCAUUUUUUUGCUUUUCAUUUUUCUUUCCUUCUUUCUUUCUUUCUUUCUUUCUUUCUUUCUUUGAGUGUUUUCUUAAUCCAUGCCUCUUUUUUCUUUCUUUUUUUCUUUCAGUGUUUUCUUAAUACGGGAAUUUAUUUUCUUCCUUAUUUCUUUUCUUUUAUUUGUUUGUUUAUUUCUUUCUUUUAUUUCAUUUUUUACUUUUCUUUUUUUCAUUCUUCUUUUAUCCCUUUGUUUGUUUGUUUGUUUCUUUCUUUCUUCCGUUUCUUUAUUCCUUUCAUUCUUUUUUUACUUUUCGUUUUUCUUUCCUUCUUUUCUUGUCUUUCUUUUCUUUCUUUCUUCCUUCCUUCCUUUCUUCUUUUCCUUUUAUUCUUUUUUACUUUUCUUUUUUAUUUCCUUCUUUACUUUUCUUUCUUUCUUUUAUUUCUCAUUUCUUUCUUUCUUUCUGACUUUCGUUCUUUUCUUUCUCUCUUUCUUUCUUAUUGCUUUCAUUCUUUUUUCUUUUCCUUUUCAUUUGUCUUUCUUUUCUUCCUUUCUUUCUUCAUCUCUUUUUUUAUUUGUUUUUAUUUGUCACUUUCUUCCUGUUUGUAUUUAUUUUUAUAUUACACUCAUUUUCAUGCUUUUUUCAUUUCUUAUUCUAUUCUUCACCCUCGUCUUUCCUCUACUGUUAUUUUCUUUUUUCUUUUCUUUCUUUCUUUCUUGUCCAUCCUUCAGUUUUUACAUAUCUUCUACAAUUCAAUCGCUUAUUUGUCUUUCUUUCUUUUUCUUUCUUUCUUUCUUUCUUUCUUUCUCAUACUCCGUGUAUCUGAUUGUUUGUUUGUUUAUAUGUUCCUUUUUUCUUUCUUUCUUUCUUUCUUUCUUUCUUUCUUUCUUUCCAUCCUUCAGUUUUUACAUAUCUUCUACAAUUCAAUAGUUUAUUUGUCUUUCUUUCUUUCUUUCUUUCUUUCUUUCUUUCUUUCUUUCUUUCUUUCUUUCUUUCUCAUACUCCGUGUAUCUGAUUCUUUGUUUGUUUAUAUGUUCCUUUUUCUUUCUUUCUUUCUUUCUUUCUCAUACUCCGUGUAUUUCCUUCUUUGUUUGUUUAUCUGUUUCUUUCUUUCUUUCUUUUUCGCUGUCAGUCUCUCUCUCUCUCUCUCUCCCCUUGACGUCGGUACUCUUUAUAAUUUUUAUUGUUUUCUUCUCCCUCAGUAUUUAUUUUUUCAAUACGUCUCUUUUUUUUUACCACCUUUUUUAAAUGUUUUUUUUUUCUUUCUUUUUAUCCAUGUUGUCUCUCAUUUUUCUCAACUCAUAUUUUCUAUUUUUCUUCACAUCUGCCUAAUGCUCACGUAUCUUUUGAAGCAGUACUUCCCGGUAUCGUGUCAUCAUAUUUUUUAA